AUGAGUAAUAAAAGGAAAGCGACAUGGGAUCGUUUAAAGCAGCAAAUGGCGAACAAGAGGACGGCACCUGAUGCGAAUCGGAAGGCUAAAGGUUCAAGCGCUCCCCAUGAAAUAAUAGUCCAAAGGUUAGCAUCGGAGCCAGACAAUAAGCAAACCUUCCGACCAGUACAACCGCGAGAAUUUGUAGAUUUCCCGUAUGAAGAUCUAUCCCUGGCAAAUCUUAAGAAAGCCUGUGCGGCACACUUUGCUUUACCAGCAAUGACAUGCGACGUACUAGUUUCAAAUAAAGGACCAUCAGCCACGAAUAUUAAGCAGAUUCCCCACAGAAAGGACAAGGUUAGUUUACAAAAGUUAGUGAAAAGUAUAUGUAUAAUUUUUAUAUCUGAAAAUACCUGUAUUUUAACAGACAUAGACCUAUCGUUGUGCAUGGUUCGAUUUUUCCUGUUAACGCCCCCCCCCCACCCCGUCCACCCACUCUCAAUCCUUGGAGGAUUUCAUUUGCAGAUUUUUUAUUUCUAUACUAUCAAUUCCCCACCCCCAGGCAAAUAAUAGUGACAACUUAACAUAUUCACAAGCCAUUAUUAUUGCACAAUUUCAUGAAUGCUGAUCUUUGAAAGGUAUUCAGUAUUCACUAAGCAUCAAUGUUAAAGUGUUACAUGAGGCUUAUUGGGAAACAGGUUGCAGUGGGUUCACAGGCUAGGCACAAAGCCCUGUGCAUAUUUCCCACCCUCAUGGGACACCCCUGGGACUAUUAAAUAUGCUCAACAAAAUUUCCCGGCCCCAGGGAAAGUGCAUGUCUGUGUACAUUUCCUGGGGGGGGGGGGAGGCGGUUCAGAACGAAAUGAACCAUACGUAAAACCAAAUGAACCCCAAGGCUUCCUCUUUUCCGAAGUGAGAAAUGGUGGCCACAGCUGGUCAAUUCUAUUGAAUUUUUGUGAAAUUCCACCUGUUUCAUAAUUUCACCUGUUCGAGUUUCUGUUAUACAGAAUGAAUUAUUAUGCCCAAGUCACCCUGUCAAAUGUCCAUAAUGCCCAUUCAAUGUUCAAAAGCUGACUCAAUAUUAGAGAUGGCACUGGAUGUCAGAUCCAGUAUUAUUCCCAGCUCACAUUAAUGCAGGUUUUAAUUCCAUAACACUCAGUCACCAGAUAUAAUGUACUAGCAUAAUUACUAGACACUAUUUAUUCCCUAUUCUUAAAACUGACCCUAAGUAAUAUAUGUCAUGGAAUUGUAACCAUGAUCAGUGACCAUUAUGGGGUGUUUAUUAAAUUAAAGUGGAUGGGGGAGUUGUGAGUAAACAAAGAUUAUUAUGGUAAAAUUAUUUUGACCAAUUUUUACACCUGUGGUGGCUGAUAAUGCACUAUUUGUCAGUAACUAUAUCCUUCUGGUGAUGCCAUAGGACUUUGACAUUCACUAUCCUCACAAGAGGAGUGUUUGGAAUGUAAUGUUUGUUCAACAUAAUAAAUGUGUUUAUUAUUUACAAAUGUAAUUUAUUUAUCAUUACAAGAUAUAAUGUGCAUUGACAUCACCUUUGACUCUGCAUGCCUUUUUACAUACUAGGUGUACUUGGUGCGGUUUGUGGUGGGGCAAGAAGAUAACUCAGUCAGUUCAGUUUAUCCAGGUCAAGAUUGUAGUGUGACAAGUGUGUUUGAUACUAAUUCGUCUAGAAGAUCUAACACACAAUCUGAAAAGAGAUAUAGUCCAUCCUCAGGCCCAAUGGAACCAAAAGGAACAUACAAACGACCUUCAAUGGAUACACAGUUUCCUGCAUCAGUAUCCAUAGAUGCUCUACUGAAAGCAGGCAAAUUGGUAAAACCAAAACUGAAAAACAAGGUAACCCUUACGUUUGAGGAGUUUGAUGUUGCAACCCAAAAAUGGACAGAUAUGGUAGAGGUUGUGUGUAAUGUAGAGAAGGAGAAAUUUGCUUCUGGUGGGUUUCGUGAUGCCUACAAUGCUACUCUCACAAGUAAUUCAGUCACGGAGCAUCUUGGAAAUAAAUGGGUAGUGAAAUUGUACAAUGCUAAAGCUGUUGCAUCAAUCACUGGGGCAAUGCAAACCACAGUAGAAAACCACUGCAGAAAGCAAGUGCAAAUGCAUGCAGUUGCAAGACAUGUAACAAAGAAAUUCAAGUCCCUAUUGCCUCGUGAAUUUGGAGAGUGUUUCCAGUAUAACCGUUGCUACUACACAACAAUCGAUGGUCAACCAGCGACAAUUGAGGAGUUUGUUCCCGGAUCAUUUGUGAAGUUAAUCAAUAACAAUGGCAUUAUUAUCCCAGUUCCGGAUGAUGAUGAUGAUUUCAAAGAGCUGCUCCAAAAGGCUGAAUGUUUGGUGCAUCACAGUUACCAAUCCUCUAACACAAAAUUCAUGUUGUUGGAUAUUCAAGGAAUGGGGUACAAACUUUUUGACCCUGAAAUUGCAACAAAAGAGGUCUUAGAUGUAGAAAGUAAUGAAGUAUACUUUUGUUGUGGCAAUUGUUCGUCUGUUGGAAUAGAUGCCUUUCUUGCAACACAUAAAUGCAACAAAUUCUGUGGAAUGAUGAAACUUGCAGAGAACAAAAUGUUUAUUGAGGUGGACUAA